AUGGAAUCCCAAUCAUUAGGAGCAUUACAAUCCCCUUCUACUUUCUCUGAGAGUUCAAAAUCAGGAAGUAGCAAAUCGGGUACCGUUGCCAGCAAGGAAAUGGAUCAAGACUUCACUAAGGAUAAUGUGACGUCGCCAAUCGACUUGGAGUGCCAUAUUCAAGCGGAGCGCAUUACUAAAAUUCUAAACGAGGCAAUCUACAAGACGAAGCUAGCGAUCUGCUUGCCCAACCUGGUGAAGGAAUACCGGACUCUCAGCACUAUCAUUUCCGAUGAACACAUGGAUGACCUCGUUCUCAUUUUCGAGCAGUAUGACAGCCCUUUGUUGUCUACUAGUCUACUGAAUAUGGCUGCUAUGGAGGACCUAAAAGCAGGGGACAUUUCUUUGAAAAAUCGUUUGAACCCAGAGCUGGGCCUCUUGCUCUACAUUAUGGGCGGUUACCCUGCGUUGAAGCCGAUAAUCAACGAGAUGGUGGACGAGGGAAACCAAAUUUCUCCUGGACUAAAAUAUCUUAUUGCUUUUGAAAAUUUUCGCGACCUUAUGAUUAAGCAAAUGGAAACCACUGCCGCUGAGGAACUGGCCAUUAAAAUUAAAACUAAAAAGUUGGAAGCCUCAAAUAACAAACUAAUCCAAAAAAUUGAAGAAUACUCACAGACGUUGAAAGAGGAGACAGAGCGUUUCGAAGAGACGAUAAAAGUCAAAGCUAACAUUAUCGCUAACUUGGAAAGUGAGCUCGCAGCACAAAAUCACGAGGCUACCAUAAAGCUGCAGAAAAAGAUACUUGAUUCGGAGCGCCAGAUGGUGUUGGCUACUCGUGCACAUCUCGUUAAAUAUGAAAUGCUUAAGGAAGAAGAAAAUGAGAGUAAAGAAAGUUACGAACAGCUUUUGAAAGCGCAUUUAGCUGAUGAAAAGACUCAACGAGCGCGUAGACUUAAAGUGGAAACUCAGUUGCUAUCGUGGCUACAAAAGUACGAUGUGGAAAUGGGCGACAAGCAGAAAGAGCUCGAUGAGUUUACGGGGAAGUACGAAGAUGAGCUAAAGAAGUGUGAGGAGUUAGAGUUGGAAUUAGCAGAGCAGGACAAAGAAUAUAUACCAUUAAUGGAAGAACGAGAUGCAGAGUACGAUCGAGAAAUGGCAGAGAAGAUGAAUAAGUUCCUAUUAGAACAUGCUGCGAGAGUUAUACAAAACGCAUGGAGAGAGGUACUUGCAAAUCGAGCGGAAAAGAAAAAGGUAAGAGUGUAG